AUGGUUGGCGCGCCGCGCGGUCUGCGGGCUUUCGGCCUACCGCUCAUCUUCAUCGCCAUCACGCUGUUGAUUGUCGCUUCGCAGCGCGGCGUCGUAAAUGGUCCCAAUUACUUAAAGGGGAUCCCGGAUUUGAUCAACAAGGGGAAACCGAAGGGCGACACGGCUGUGGACCGCCGACCAACCAACACUCACCCACCCCCAAAAUACAAGCCAACCCCAGCCUAUCUCGCGCCCGCUGUAACCGACCCCUUCCCCCUCCUUGCCAGCUCAACAGCAACACCCCCACCGAUCCCAGCCUACAACAUCCCCUCGCCGGGUCUGCACCGCACGUACGGCAUCUCCUAUGUACCGCCUCUCUUCAUCGGCUUCACCCGCCAAUGGCCCAUGCUCCUGCAAUGCGUAACGGCCUACAUCACGGCCGGCUGGCCCCCCGAGUCCAUAAUCGUGGUCGAGAACACCGGCGUGCAGGACUCCAACAAGAACGGCAAGCUCGGGCUGCAGAAUCCGUUUUACCUCAACCACACCACGCUGCGGAAGCUGGGGGUUACGGUCGUGCAGACGCCUGUGCUGUUGACGUCUAGCCAGCUGCAAAAUUUCUUUUUGGCUACGGCACAUGGGCGGAGCUGGCCUUAUUACUUUUAUAGCCAUCAGGAUGUCAUGGUGUUUAGUUUUGAGGACGGGGCUGAUACGCUGAAACGCCCGGGCGAUCAGGAUUGGGUUUUCUAUGAUGCUGAGGACGAGGCGGCGGUUAUGCGGCCGCCUGCUGCGGGGCAGAUGGGUUACAGGACGAUUUACGAGAAUGCACUCCGAGAGAUCAAUCGAACGGUGGAGAGUAAGGAACGGUGGGGAUUUAGGUGGUUUCAGGACGAUCACCUCACGCUGGUGAACCGGGCAGCGCUGGAUGCGGUGGGAGGGUGGGAUAAUAUGAUUCCGUUCGUUGGUAGUGACUGUGAUAUGAAUGCGCGGUUGGCGAUGGACGGGUGGACGACGAAGCAUCGGAGAAUUGGGAUCGUGAAUGAUGUUUCAACGGUGCUGGAAGAUUUGGGGGCUUUGUACCGCGAUCCGAAGGUCAAGCCAAAGUUUGUGGAUCCAAAUCCGGUGCCGGAGACGCCGAAGGAAGGGGAUAAGGUGUCGGAGGAAGUCGAGACCGAGGACGAGGGUACGAGGGAUGGUAAAUCGAAGGAAGGGAUGGGGGAGGAGAAACCGAAGCAGGAAGUGGGAGAUGCAGAAGUAAAGGAUAAGGAAAAGCCCAAAGAAGAUUCCAACGACAAUGAAAAGAACACAACAAAACGCGAAGACAAGCAAGCAAAACAAGACCAAGACCAGAUCGCAACCGUUGCCACAGAUGUAGAAUACUUCCGCGAACUCCUAAAAGUAGCCGACGACAUGGGCACGUACAAGUACCGCAACUCGGGCCUCGCUCGUAACUCGUGGCAGGCCAGCCAACACGGCGGCCAGGGGGAACCGUAUUAUUACCCGGCCGACGGGUUCGCGGCUUCGUUUUGGAUUCUUGCGGAAGCGGGGAAGGAGGUAUAUAGGCAGAAGUGGGGGUAUGAGGGGUGUGAUUUGAUUGAGGGAACAGCGUUGUUAUUGGGGGAUAUGUGGAGGGUGGAGGGGAAUUGGGAGGGUUCAGGCAUGAAGGGGGAAGGAAGAUGA